GUCCUUAAUUUCGAAAUAAGAGCAAAACCAGUCGACCGUUUCCACACCAACGGGCAGCAACUCCAACAUCAAAUCGAAUCAACAAUGGCGAGAACCAAACAACCUGCUAAACGAAGUUGGGGCAAGCGACAAUCUGCUGGAGCAUCAACUUCAGCCUCAACAAGUACGCCACGGAAAUCUCCGAGAAAGGAUCCAGGGAGUUCAGGAACUGGACAAAGGCAGAAACAGAAACCCCAUCGUUUUAAGCCUGGAACUCAAGCACUUCGUGAGAUUCGUCGUCUUCAGAAGACUGUUAACCUUCUCAUUCCAGCUGCUCCUUUCAUUCGAACUGUAAAAGAGAUAAGCAACUACAUUGCCCCUGAAGUUACACGUUGGCAAGCUGAAGCUCUACAAGCCCUUCAAGAGGCUGCAGAAGAUUACAUAGUUCAGUUGUUUGAAGAUUCAAUGUUGUGCUCGAUUCAUGCAAAGCGUGUUACCCUGAUGAAAAAGGACAUGGAAUUGGCUAGAAGGCUUACGAAGAAAGGGCAACCAUGGUAGUUGAAUUAGAGGACAAAUGUUGUAUGCUGUAACAAGAAAUCUUUAGGUAAGUAGAUUAUAUUAGAUAAUGACACUAUUCCAAUUUGAUUAUUUUAUGCAAAUUUAGUUUAGUAGAAAACAAAUUUGGUUGAGAAUUUUAAUUACUUUGUUGAGUAGUAAUUGAUGUAUUUAGUGUGUUUAUUUUUACAUGUUGAAAUUGAAUGGUUUUUAU